AUGGCGCACUUCGGCGCCGGGAUGCCGAAGGCCGGCAGCUCCACGGGGUCCACGUCCUCCAUCAAGCGCAUCCAAAGAGAACUCAAGGAGAUCUGUGAAUCUCCAUCGCGACACUGGACUGCGGGACCAGCAACUGAUGACCUCUUUGAGUGGAUCUUUGCCGUUCGCGGACCACCUGAAACGGAUUUUGAAGGAGGUAUUUACACUGGCAAGAUUGUGCUUCCGGUGAAUUACCCCUUGGCGCCACCAUCCAUCACGCUACUGACGCCUAGUGGUCGAUGGGAGGUGGGAAAGAAGAUUUGCCUCAGCAACACCAAUUAUCAUCCUGACCUAUGGCAACCAGCGUGGGGAAUCCGAACCAUGAUGGAGGCGCUACGCAGUCAUUUUCCGGUGGCCGGGGAUGGAGCCAUUGGGGCGCUCGACUGGCCCAGUGAUAUGCGGAAGCGCUUGGCACAGGAGUCUUUGGACUUUGUGACACUACCUGGAAGUUCAGGUUCCUGGUCCAAAAAGAACAGAGAGCUGUUGCCAGAACUCGCCCCCGAAGAAUUGAAAGAGGCGCAAGAUUUGGUGGCCGUCAAUCGUUUGACAAGGGCUGCUGCCAUGCUUUGGGCCCUGUGUACUUUUGCAUUACUUCUAGAAGGUUCAUGCAGCGGAAACCUCAGUGUGAACCUCACCGCCAACCUCACCGCAAACCGCAGCACGAACAACUCGCGUGAGGUUUCGGAGACGGAGGCGUUGGCCGCUGGCUUCUGUGAGAUGCAGUGCAAGAAGGCCAAUCCUGAUCAACCUUGUAUUUUCGAUCAGAACUGUCCCGACCUUGGUUGCAACGCCUUGGGAUUCUCGCAAUGCCGAUACUGCGGAUUUGGCGCAUAUGUCAGCGUGCCAUGCCGCGGUGGACCACGGCCCCCUCCAAUUUCUACCUGCAGUCCUCUUGGAACCUUCAAAUGCGAUAGCACCUGCUUCCGAGAUGCCGCAGGACCAGAGAUCAAUGUGAUCUCCCAGAAACCUGGAGAUCAUUACUUUGCGAAUCACAUCUCUGCAAAUGGCUUUCAAGAGCAGCUUCAAUGCUCAAAACUGAAUGGCAUUGGCGGAGCGAACACCUACAGCUGUGUCACAGCCAUGCGACGAGAGACCCGCCUGAGGACAGCUCAUUUCCUUCAACAACUGACUUUCAGCGCUGAUUGCAAGUUUUUCGUGAAGAAAGUGUGGCGUAUGUCCCCACAACCGGUGGCGACCUGCACUGUACGAUGUCCCAUUGUUUAA